GGCGGAGGGAUUCCCACCGGAGACUUGUCCGAGGCCGAUUUGUAAGGAAGAAGUUCUGGCGCGCAGUUCGUUUGUAGCUUGAGCGAAAGGAAGCGGCGGGAGCUGCUGCGCAUGUGCGGGAGUGGCCCGGGAGAACCGGCGAUGGGCUCCCAGCGGAUUCAGGAGUCGCUCCUUCGGUUUCACAGCCUCCUCCUGCGAGUAUAUGAGGAAGGAAAAAAGAAUAUCAACCAAGGACCACUUACCUUUGAGGCUGAUGUGCAAGUCUAUUUGAUUCAAGAAGGAUGUAUAAAUCCCUUGCAGAGCUUCUGGGACAGGAGUGAUACAAUGUUCAUUAUGGAGAAAGUAAGACCUUGUGAAGAAAUGCAAGAACUGGAAGAGCAGCAGAUAGGUGACCCUUCUAUUUCUAGGACUUUCCCCAAAGAGAAUUCUUCAGCACUUGCUUUACCUCUUCCAAGAGCAAGGCAGUUGAUUUCAUUCUACACAAUGUCUCAAAAUCCAAACAUGGCCCACCCCAACAUAAACGAGUCAGCACCGCUUCCUCCACUCUGGGUGCGAUGUGAUCACACCGACCCCAAACAAACUGUCUGGCUAGGAGCUGAACCUUUCUGCACUGGAAACAAGAUUACAGGGAUCCAUCUAUACACAGUUACCUGCAAUGGUCCAAUAUCAAAUAAAAAUUAUUCAGCAGACUUGCAAGAACUAAAAGAUACUCACAGAAUAAGGAAUCACUCUUCUGAUUUGACAAUAAAGGGUUUUGCCCGUUACAAGUUCCUUGAAACCACUUCGUUAGACUCCCUCUCACUGGAGGACACCCUUAUUCCAUUGGAGAGAAAUAUAUACGCUGAUUUUUCUUGGAACUCUGUAAAGAAGAUGAUGGAGUUCCCUCCCCUGACUUCUGCUGCCACACUGAAGAUUCAGAUGGCAUCUGGGAGCCCCUUGAGUUCUGUGUAUGAACUGAACAGGGAGUUGCAGUUCCUUCUGAGUUUGGCUGAGAGCUUGAAGACUGGCAUGGAUGACUGGCCUAAACCUGUGGGGGGGAAACCAGCUGUUGAACUAGUACAGAAACUUUUGAAAGAUUUAAAGGACACAAUGGACGGUUUGAAGAUGCCAAACAGUAGUGAUGCUGAGAAUCUCCAGGAUGACACCGCUGUAGUUUAUGGCACCAUGAAAACACAUUUUAGCAGGAGAAGAGACAUUGAUUUUGUUGAGCAGAUCUGGUGUAAAAUAUGGAAGAAUGUUGCGUCAUAUGAAGAAUUGGUGGAGUGCUUCACAUUGGUAAUGAAAGCUCUCCAGCAUGGUGAAUUGAAGACCUGGGUUCAUCAAGGAAGUAACAGCUUACUGAGCAAACUGAUUAAGCAAUCUUAUAAUGGAAGCAUAGAAACAGUUUCUCUUAGUGGACAUACUCCAAUUCAAAUGCUUCUAGAAAUUGGUGUGGAUAAGAUGAAGAGAGAUUAUGUUAGCUAUUUUGUAGGCAAGAAAUUUGCAAUCCGUACUCACUUGGACUACUUCAUGUCAACUUCAGUCGAUCUGCAGGAGCAGGUUCAUCGCAUCCAGAAACUCCACCAUAUGCUAGAGAUCAUGGACAAUUGUGUAGAACUUCUUAAACUCGAGCAAGAGAACCUCUUCUUCUUGACACAGUCCUGUAUAAAUUACUACAAGAAAAAUGCCCUGGAUGAAAAUAAUGUAUUUCAGCUGCCAGUCAGGACAAGUUUUGUGAAGGAGUUCUACCAAAAUGCAAAUCCUCAAGUAUGGAGAGUGGAAAUCAGCAGUGGGCAAGGAGAGAAAAAAGUGAAAACAAUAUGGCAGCUGAGCACCACAAUGCCAGCUGAACACAUGAGCUCAAGCAGUGUAGGUCUUCUGGAUGAUACUGAAGAUGGUAGCAGUAAAGAAAUAUGUUUUAUUACCUUCACUGAGUGCUCUCAGGUGUACUUUACAUAAAAUAGCGAAAUAUGAAAUCUACAUAAGACAGUUAUUAAUGCCUGAUGUUUAAAUGUAUUUA